AGCGUCGCUGUACAGAAACUACCUACCGAUAGACUUGUCAUCAUGACUUACUUAUCAAAAUUAAUUGAUGAAAAACGACAAAUUCUGGUAGAAUGAGCGACAAACCGAAAACGAUUAUCCAUGCCCCUAUAGAUGUGUAUGACGAAGAAUUCCACAAUAAUUUAAAACUCGCCAAGAGUCUCAUAAACCAGCUGGGAUCCAAAGGAGAUAAGCAAAUAUGUAAAAAAUGGAUUUCAAAAUUGGUGAAAAUGAAGUCUGACAAUCCUGUAGUUAAAAAAAAUAGAAACUCAUUUUUCAAAUAUAUGCUGUCAGUAAUGGAAAAGGCGAUUAAAGACUCUGCAUACACAAUUGGAACUGACGCGAAUCAAGCAAUUGAGGAUAACCACUUUAUGUGCAAAUGGUCAAAUGACAAAAAAACAUACAUUGCCGCAAAACCUCUCCCUGGGCUAGGAACGUUAGUAUACAUGGCAGUAUCAAAAGAUCCAUCAUUGGGUUGGGACCAUCCUUAGAUAAAUUCCACAAACCUUAUCGUAAAAAUAAAUAAUUGCCUUUACCGA